AUGUAUCGCCAGUUGAUGGACGUGUAUGGCGACGUGUCAUGCAUGGAUGUCAAAAAUGUCCGCAAGUGGUGUAGAGAGUUUGCAACUGAUCGUAUUGAAAGUCAUGACGAGGAAAGAAGCAGGCGGCUAUCAAUCUAUGGCGAGUCAGUCGUAAAGGUUGAGCAAAUCCUGCGUGAAAAUCGGUGGAUCACUCCAAAUGAUCUCUGCAUUUUAGUUCCUGAUGUUUCCCGAAGCACCAUCCAUAGGGUUUUGAGUGAAAAGUUGCAAUAUCGGAAGGUGUGCGCAAGAUGGGUCCCACGAAUGCUCAGAGAAGACCAUAAACGGCAACCCAGCUUAUAG